AUGGAUCUACAGAAGAAUUCAGAAACAACUAGAUCUAUGGAUCCAGCAAAAUUAGACCCUAUAUUGUCAUCUGUAAAUAGCAAGAAUAUGAAUCUUGCCAGUAGCAUAACUCUACAAUCAGUUGAAAUAGGACAUGAUCCUUUGACAUUAUCUAGAUCUAAAAAUACGGAGAAUAUACCUUCAAGAAAACACAGAGUAUUUGAUAUGGAGGAUUCUAUAAAUUUUUCACGACCUCAUAUACCUAAUCAAGAUUUAGUGUCUUCAAGUACUUAUUCGCAAAUAGAAACUCCAGCUGUAGGCAAUUUCAGUGACAAACCUAGUAGUGAGAUACAUUUAGGGGCACUAGAUUGUUUGAUAACUAACAAAUCUCAAGGAAAUGACUUUAGAGUUUCGAUGAAUAAUAAGAAAAACCUUUUAGAUUCAAAAGUACACUUAAAUGAUAAUUCAAGUGUUGACUUGAAUACAAAUAAAUCAGAAUCUGGAAUGAUUCGUUCAUCUUGUAAAUCAGUUAGUUUAUCAUCCUCAAGUGUAACAGGUCUAUUUUCAUCGAUUGCAAGUACAGUCACUCAAAAUAUAAGUACCCAAAUUCAAAAUGCACUCCGUGACUCUACUUCUAAAUCCCAAAUUAUGUCUGGGAAAUUACGAGAUAUUGGUAUAUGGAAUAAAAUACUAGAUUCCAAACUUUUACAAGAAAACUCUAAGAAUAUAAGUGCAAAACCGGAUAAAGAAGAUAUCAAUUUUAUAUUACAGCAAGUACUAUUAUUUCCUGGAGAAGACAUCAUAUUAUACUCAAAGUACUGUGGAAUCUUACCAAAUGGUAUAAGUGAACCAUUAACAGGAAGUAUGAUUAUUUCAAAUUAUCGCUUGAUUUUAAUACCGAGAUUUUCUGAUAACAAUAUAACUAGUAGCACACUAAAUAUGGAUCCUUUUCUAUCUUGGCUAUUAGAUUCAGGUUUUUUAACUAUUCCUAUUUAUGUAAUAACUCAAUUUUCUACAACACAAUUAUCCUGUACAAAAAGUGGCUUUAAUUUAACAAAAAGCCAAAUUAGUACCCUCUCUUCAACUGACUCCAAUUUUGGGACUUCUUAUGGUAGUACAGUUGAUGGAAUAAACAAUCCUAAUUUACCAUUUACUUUCCAUGUAGCAACAAAAGAUUUAAGAAGUCUUCAGAUUCUUCUAGUAAAUUCUGACAAUGACCGAAGACUGUUGCUAAAUACUAUAAGCUCAACAAUAUUAGAACCUUGUCUAAAAAAUCUUUUCUGCUUUAAACUCAAUAAUAGCUUAAAGAAAACUUGUCAAAUUACACAGAAUCAAAAUUCUGAUAUACCUACUUCAAUAUUAUGCCAUCAAUUUACCUUUAAAAUUGAAGAUGAAUGGGCUAGACUUGGUAUUAGUGAGAUAAAUUCCAAAGAUAUCAUAUAUACUAACCAAACUUCAAAAGAUCACGAUGUAUAUGUUUCAAAUAAAGAUGAUAGUUUAUUAUAUCAAAACCCCCAACUUAUGCUGCGAAUAUCUAGAGUUAACAUAUGUUAUGACAUAUGUCCCUCAUAUCCUGAUCUUUUAGUUGUUCCUAAACAGAUUACUGAUACCCAGUUAAUUAAAAUUUCAUCAUUUAGAUCAAAAGGUAGAAUUCCAAUACUUAGCUGGUACUGCUCUAAUUUAAGAUCUAGUUUGUGGAGAUCUAGCCAACCGAAGUCAGCUUUUAAGCGUUGUAUUGAGGAUGAAUUAUUUAUUAGCACUAUUUCUCAGUUUUACAAAAAUAUAUCUACUAAUGAACUUAAGUUACUAAAAACCCAAAGUUCAAAAGAUUUUACAAUAUCAAAGACCAAAUUUCUUAUUCUAGACGCACGCCCUAAACUUAAUGCAUAUGCUAAUAAAGCAACUGGAGCUGGCUUUGAAAACAUAGAUUACUACCCAAACUGUGAUCUAGAAUUUCUUAACAUUGAAAAUAUCCAUAGAGUCCGUGAUGCUUGGGUUAAAAUGACGACAGUUGUUUCAAAUAUUGCCAACGGAGUAACAAUUAGCAACGAGUCAUGGAAUAUAAACCGAGCUUCUACUCAAAAAGUAUGUUAUACAAGUGAUUGCAUUGGUUUAAGAUUAUUAGGGGAAAUUGACUCCACAGGAUGGUAUGAUCUAAUUAGUUUAAUACUUAUUUCAGUAAAUAAAAUUGUAGAGAAACUUAGCAAUGGGAAUGGAGUACUAGUCCACUGUAGUGAUGGAUGGGACAGAACUUCUCAGUUGACAUCUUUAUCUAUGCUAUGUUUAGAUCCAUUUUAUCGCACUAUUGAAGGAUUUUUUACACUUAUAGAAAAAGAAUUUAUUACUGUAGGACACAAGUUUCACUCUAGAUGUGGCCUACCUGGACCUAAGCAUUCAAGUGAGGGUGAAAAUGAAAGAUCUCCAAUAUUCAUCCAGUGGCUGGAUUGUGUAUACCAAUGUUGGAUACAAAAUCCAACAGAAUUUGAAUUUCAUCCAAAUUUAUUGCUUUUUGUUGCUGAGAAUGUGCAUAACUGUUUGUAUGGGAAUUUUUUAUGUGAUAAUGAACAACAACGUAGUAAUUUCCAAGUUAGAGAUCAUACAAUAUCACUUUGGGAUAUUAUUCUUGCCCAAAUACAUAAUUCCACUUCAAAAAGUAGCUAUAGCAGUGACUAUCCUUUCCUUGGUGUGGAUCCAAAUAUUUUACCUCACAUGGAAUUUGUAAAUCCCUUCUAUAGAUCAAAAGAUUCAAAAAUAAGUGAUAAAGCAUCAAGUACUAUUAUUUGUGAUGUAACAUCAAUAAAUCUAUCCCCUUGGAUGGCAUACUGGCUACGAUACACUCCCUUAAGCUCUAAAGUAUCACCUAUUGGACCAUUGGCUGCAGUAGUAGGACUUUUAAGUUAA